AACAGCCUUUAAUAAUUACUUUUACGCGGUUUACGAUCCUAACAUGUUGCUAUCAGAUAUUUUCCUCAAGAACAGUAUUUUGAAAUUGUUUAAAAUAUGGCUUGCGGGGUACACGGUCGGUGUACUACUGGCAGUCUCUCUCUUCAAACUGCAACAGGCAAGAUUUUUCCGACAAGAGACAAAACAGCGAUUUUUGCCUCAGGAGCUGUUCAAGCAUUACUCCAGGAAUGUAGAAGAUUUGAGUGAAGACUCUCAAUUGUACUGGAAACUUGACCAUUGGAUCCCUCUGCCUUACCAAAAUGGCGAAGACGAAAGUUACGAGGAUAACUGGCCCCAAUCACUUCCCAUUUUUGCACAUCGACAUGAAGACGAAGACAGAAGAGUGGCCAAAGCUAUAGCAGGAAAGGUUCGCGUGUUCUGUAUUGUCAUGAUUACGACUGACAAUUAUCGAUACAAGCGGCGAGUUCAACUCAUCAAAGAAACUUGGGGGAAAAGAUGUGACAAACUCAUUUUUAUGAGGACUGAGGCUGCCAUAAAGGAGAAUGAUCUUUGGAACAGAGAUAUAGAGGCGUUCCAGGACAUCUACAAAAAACACAGCGAAGAAGCGGACUGGUUCGUACGAGCUGAUGAUGUUACGUACUUAAUUAUAGAAAAUCUCAAAUAUAUGUUAAAGGACUAUUCUAGUUCUGAAGCAGUUUAUUUCAGCUGCAUGCCUGACGAUAAUCCAGAAAAGUUGCCAUAUUUUCGCGCUGGGUACAUAUUUAGCAGAGAGACGAUGAAAACUUUUGUCAACAAAGCACACAUUUGUAACGUACCAAAAUCGGAAAAUAUUUUAAUCGAACGAUGUCUCCGUACUUUAAACAUAAAAAUGCUGGAUUCUCGGGACUUCAAGGGCCGCGGGCGUAUAUUCCCGUACAGUCCACCAUAUUUGGGUUUUUCAUCCGGAGCCGCAGACUACGCAAUAUCAUUCCACAACGUAACGAGCACUUAUUUAUACUUGAUGGAGUUCCUCGUGUACCACUUGAGACCUUUUGGCAUUGUCCACAACUAUGAAAUACCUGAUGGGGAUAAAUAAUUUUUUUUGGCAGAAAGAAAAAAAAUGACACAAAAAUAACACAUGUUAAACAUAUAGUUUGCACCAAAAUGGAUUUUGUUCAGCAUUGUGUCUUGGCAUGAAAAGGAACGCUGGUCACCUGCCAAUACCUAAAUACAAAAUAAAAGUUUAAAUGUUUCCAAAUCAUCGAUCGGAGACUGAUGUUUAUUAUUUACAAUAAAAAAUAAAUCCCAAUCCAAUGUUGACAUAUAGUAUAAACUAUGAAAUAACAAAUAAAAAUUUUGAUUUCCCAUAAGUCUACUAGAAAA